AGUCAAAAACAUCAAAUCAACUUUAAUCAAGUGGUCCAUCCACUGAGAGAAGGGGAAAAAGUUCAAAACUUUCAAUGGUGCCAAUUCAUGGCUGUCAGUGCUUGCUAGCAACUGAAAAUGAAGGUUGUAACUAGUAAUACUUCAACUACUCCAAGGAUACUUCUCAUUACCCAACUUUCUUUGCAUUUCAAGAUUGAGACUGUGUCUACAGCUUUAUGGCUCAAUACGGUUCAAGGCUGGUGUUCCCUAUAGAUGUGAAGAAGAAGCCAUGGGAGCAGAAACUCCCACUUCACAACAGGUGGCACCCGGACAUACCUCCGGUCGCAGAGGUCACGGUCGGAGAGUUUUUAAGGAUUGAGAUGGUGGACUUCAGUGGAGGUGGAAUUAAACAAGAAAACUCAGCAGAGGACAUCAAACAUGCUGAUCUUUCUAUUGUGAGUUAUUCCUUAGCUUCUGUUUGGAUGCCAGGAAAUUAUUUUCAGAAUAUUUAGAACGUGAUUUUAACACAAAAACAAGAGAACUCUGCAUCUCAAAUACAUAGUUCACUCAUGCCUCCUUCAACCCCAAGAAUUGUAGUGCCUAUAGAAUUGAAGAAAAAACCAUGGGAGCAAAAACUACUUCUUCACAACCGUUGGCACCCGGAGAUUCCCCCAGUUGCAGAGGUUAAAGAUGGUGAACUUUUCAGGGUAGAGAUGGUAGACUGGACAGGAGGUAGUAUUAAAGAUGAUGAUUCAGCUCUAGAUGUAAAAACUGUAGACCUCUCAGUUGUUCAUUAUCUCAGUGGACCAAUUAGAGUUCUGGACAAGGAAGGAAUUCCAGCCAUGCCAGGUGAUCUCCUGAUGGUUGAAAUUUGCAACUUGGGUCCUCUUCCUGGAGAUGAAUGGGGUUUCACAGCAACAUUUGACAGAGAAAAUGGAGGAGGUUUUCUGACUGACCAUUUCCCUAGUGCAACAAAAGCUAUUUGGUAUUUUGAAGGAAUAUAUGCCUAUUCUCCUCAUAUACCAGGGGUAAGAUUUCCAGGUUUGACUCAUCCUGGAAUAGUUGGAACUGCUCCAUCAAUGGAACUCCUCAAAAUAUGGAAUGAAAGGGAGAGAGAUGUUGAAGAAAAUGGGUUAAAGUCUCUCAAACUGUGCGAAGUUUUGCACUCUAGACCACUAGCAAAUUUACCAUCAACAAAAGGAUGCCAUCUGGGUAAGAUCCAGAAGGGCACUCCUGAGUGGGAAAGGAUUGCCAAGGAGGCAGCAAGGACAAUCCCAGGAAGAGAAAAUGGAGGAAACUGUGAUAUAAAAAAUCUCAGUAGAGGUUCAAAAGUAUACCUUCCAGUAUUCGUAGAAGGAGCAAAUCUUAGUACAGGUGAUAUGCACUUCUCUCAAGGUGAUGGUGAAGUAUCAUUCUGCGGUGCAAUCGAGAUGAGUGGUUUUCUAGAGCUCAAGUGUGAAAUUAUACGGGGUGGAAUGAAGGAGUACCUUACACCAAUGGGGCCAACUCCUCUUCAUGUGAACCCAAUCUUUGAGAUAGGGCCAACGGAGCCAAGAUUCUCAGAGUGGUUGGUGUUUGAGGGAAUCAGUGUUGAUGAGAGUGGAAGGCAGCAUUAUCUUGAUGCAAGCAUUGCUUACAAGCGAGCAGUGCUAAAUGCCAUUGAUUACCUCUCUAAAUUUGGUUACUCCAAGGAACAGAUGUAUCUUCUGCUAUCUUGCUGCCCAUGCGAAGGAAGGAUUUCUGGGAUAGUUGAUGCUCCGAAUGCUGUUGCAACCUUGGCAAUCCCAACAGCUAUCUUUGACCAGGACAUACGUCCGAAAGCCAGCAAGGUGCCUGUUGGACCCCGGGUGGUGAGGAAACCAGAUGUGCUAAAAUGCACUUAUGAUGGAAACUUGCCCAUCACAAAGAACCCCAGCGCCAUGUCAUAACUACAAAGUCUGCGACUUGAUGGAAGCAGCAGAUGAUUCAGGCUAAAUCUUGCAUCACAUGUAUCCAUCCAUAUAAAACUAUAGGUUAUAUUCCUUGUUAUGCCACCAGAACAUGUCAAUCAACAAUUGCCAACCCAUUUGGUGCACCAGCCGACACAUUAAUAACUAUAUUAAAAGCUACAUUUGCUUCACUAGAAAACAACUCUUGUAUGAAAAUAUUUUCCAAGAAAACAUCUCAUUUUCUAUCA